AUGACGUUCUACACGGUGGUGGGGAUGAAGAAAAGCAGCGGAGAGACCAAGUUCCAUCUACCACCUCUCGCUCUGAUUCAAAAGCCCCACGUCCCCAUGUAUGAGGCUUGGAAACCAUAUGAGGAUCUAUUUAACUCUAUGGUGAGACUGGUAAAAGGCAUUCCAAGUGUGGAAAAAAUGGUUCGACUCAAGGGAUCACUCAAAGGAGAGCCACUCAACAUGAUCUCCAAUCUCACAGUUACUGACGACAAUUUCGAGAUUGCUUGGAACAAAUUGGUAAAGCAUUAUGACGACAGGAGGUUGAUUAUAGCAGCUCACAUCGACAAAAUCUUGGAAUUGAAACCUGUGGUUGACGACCCAGCCAAGGGGUUGAGCAAUCUCAGCAACAUCAUCACGCAAGCACUGGACGCGCUGAGGGCUCUUGACGCUCCAGUUGAUCAUUGGGACUUAAUCGUUGGAAGGGUAGCGAGGCGCUGUACCGAAUUGGAUACCAAGAAAGCUUGGGAAGUUCAUCUCGGUGGAUCAAGGGAUCCUCCAACACUCAGAGAACUUCUCGACUUCAUCGAGGCAAGGGCUCGUGCACUGGAGAAUGUGGCACACGACAAACCAGCUCAAACUUCUAAGGAUUCUUCAUCAAAAUUCAAAGGAAAACAUCAGCAAGUCAAAGUUCAUCAUGUUUCUGGGGCUGGAGGCCAAGCAAAGGCUCCAGCUGAGGUAUCAAAAUCAGGAGUAAAGGAGUGUCGACUCUGUGGAGGUAAUCACUGGCUGGGGUUCAACUGUGAGAGCUUCAGGGCGAAGACUCCAGCUGAAUGCAGAGAAAUCAUCACAGCAAAGAACCUUUGCUACAACUGUCUUGGACCUCAUCGAGCUCCAACAUGCACCAAAUAUCGCAGGGAACUUCAACAACAGACUCAGCUGAGUCAGCCGUCACCAGGAAGUUCUGGAGUACAACUGGGGACAUCGGAGAACUCAGGAUGGAGAGGUCAAUCAUCAUCAGGAUCAUCAUUAACAAAUCCAAGGGAAUUGGCAUCACCAUCAUCAUCAACUGGACCAGUUGAGCAAUCAGCUGACUCCAAGGUCAUUCAUCAAACAUCAACAUCAGAACAACGGGUAGUGCUAUUGGCAACAGCCAAGGCACUUGCAGCAUCAUCAUUCGGAACCUAUCAUCACUCGACAAACAUCAAGGUCUUCGGAAUCGGCGGGCUAGAGUCAGGGUCAACACGUGGAGCAGUCAAGGUCAAUCUUCACUCUCGAUUUAAUUAUCAAAACCAAGUCGAGGUCACUGCUCACGUCCUGACGAAGCUUACAUCAACUCUACCAUCAAUCCAUUGUACUAAGGCGGAAUUAGAUCAUCUUCAAGGGCUUCAACUGGCAGAUAACAAUUUUCUCAAACCUGGGUCAAUUGAUAUCAUCAUCGGUGCAGAUCAUUACGGUCAGAUCAUUGGUAACAACAUCUCCAAAUCAUCUGAUAAUCAGACUGUUGCACAACAGACCAUAUUUGGGUGGAUAAUAUUAGGGACGGUCUGCUGUACAAGUUGUAAACCGAAGACAUCUUUAACUGCAGUACGAGAGUCGUCGAGUGAGCAGCUUCUAGACCUACUCAAACGGUUUUGGGUUCAAGAGGAACCUCCAUCACACGAGAACAUGGAAUUAGGCCCUGAAGAGUUGGAAUGUGAGGAACAUUUCCAACGCACACACACAAGAGAGAGCUCAGGACGCUACGUUGUACGUCUUCCACUCAAAACAUCACCAUCAGCACUGGGUGAGUCAAGAAAACACGCUCUCCAGCUGUUGAAUCGAACAUCUACCAAAUUAUCAUCAAAUCCAUCGUAUGGGAAACUCUACAAGGAUUUCAUCAACGAGUACGAGGCUCUUGGUCACAUGAAAAGAGUCUCAAAAGCAUCAGAACCAUCACCGGUCUUCUAUCUCCCUCAUCACUGUGUUCUGAGGGAAGAUAGCAUCACGACCAAGCUCAGGGUAUUCUUCAACGGGUCGAGCAAGACAUCAUCAGGAGUUCCACUGAAUGAAAUCCUUCAUUCUGGUGGAAAGCUUCAGGUAGAAGGAUCAGACGUUCUCAUAUGGUUGAGAACACAUCGUUGGGUAGUCGGAACAGAUAUCGUCGAGAUGUUUCGUCAAAUCAACGUGAAUGAAAAGGAUUGGGUUCUUCAGAGAAUCUUGUGGAAGAAUGAGGACAACAAUCUCAUCACCUAUCAACUUACAACGGUCACGUACGGUCAAACCUGUGCUCCAUGGUUGGCCCUACGAGUUCUUUAA